CAAAUGUUUGGCUUGUUGUUUCUCAUAUCUCAUAUAACCUUAUAUACUGUUAUUGCAACAAAAAUAUUGGGCGUGUUAAAGUGUUGCUAAACUAAAAUGACGAAAAGUGAAUCUAAAUCAGGUACAAGUUUGCAAACAAUGAAGGCCAGUGGUAUUGAUCCUCAGGCCCCUGUUACACGAAAGGGGGUUUUAACAUCGUUACGAACUGGAAAGACCAUGAAUAUUCCAGAUAAAGAUAUACUGGGACGAUGCCGUUUUGUGUCUGAAUUUGAAAAAUUAAACAGGAUUGGAGAAGGAACUUAUGGAAUAGUUUACAGAGCUCGAGAUACUAUUCAUGAUAAAGUAGUAGCUUUAAAAAAGGUUCGGAUGGAACAAGAAAAAGAUGGUUUACCUAUAAGUGGUUUACGUGAAAUUCAAGUUUUGUUAUCUUGUCGCCAUGAGAAUAUUGUUCAUUUAAAAGAAGUAGUUGUUGGGCGAAGUUUAGAAAGUAUAUUUUUGUCAAUGGAGUACUGUGAACAAGAUCUGGCAUCUCUCCUUGAUAAUAUGGCAACGCCUUUCAGUGAAUCACAAGUGAAAUGUUUGAUGUUACAAGUACUGCGUGGUUUGAAAUAUUUACAUUCUUGUUACAUAGUGCAUAGAGAUCUUAAAGUAUCCAAUCUUCUCUUAACAGAUAAAGGAUGUGUUAAAAUAGCUGAUUUUGGACUAGCUCGGUGGUUUGGUUUACCAACUAGGCCCAUGACACCACAUGUUGUAACACUGUGGUACAGAGCCCCUGAACUGCUAUUGCAAGCUUCAGUACAAACAACAUCAGUCGAUAUGUGGGCAGUUGGAUGCAUUUUAGGAGAAUUAUUGGGACAUAAACCACUUCUCCCAGGACGAUCUGAAAUUGCACAGCUAGAAUUAAUCAUUGAUCUUUUAGGAACCCCCUCUGAUGCUAUCUGGCCCGAAUAUAGUUCGUUACCAGCUUUACAAAAAUUUACAAUAAAACAUCAACCUUAUAAUAAUAUCAAACAACGUUUUCCAUGGUUGUCUGCAGCUGGACUUCGUUUAUUGAACUUUUUAUUUAUGUUUGACCCAAAGAAGAGAGCCACUGCUGAAGAAUGCUUGCAGAGUUCUUAUUUCAAAGAAGCACCAUUACCAUGUGAUCCUAAAUUAAUGCCUACAUUUCCACAACAUCGAAACAUGAAGAACUCUGGAACAACUCGUCAUUCUGAAAACAAUUCAAGUGCAAUCCUUGAUCAAACAAACAAUCUUCCAGCAAUAUCUGAUCUACUUGGAUCAUUAGUGAAAAAGCGUAGAAUAGAUUAA